AUGAGCAUCCUCGAGAGCUCUGGCUACGAGCUCAUCGUCAACCCUCAAGACUCCGAGCCAAGCAGAGAAUGGGUUCUGAAACAGAUUGCCGACCCCCAGGUCGGCGCGGCUUGUAUCAUGCACAGUCAGCCUAGCGACAAAGUAGACCAGGAAUUCAUCGAUACAUGUAACGAGAAUUUAAAGUGUGUUUCCACAUUCAGUGUUGGUUAUGCUGCUCAUGCUCGAGGGAUUAAGAUCGGACAUACCCCAGGUGUAUUGAACGAUGCUGCUAACCCUCAGUGGCCCCAAAUUCCAUGGGCUCCGUUCGUCCUCUGUGGUCAUUCGCUUGGCCAUCCUGGUCUCAAAAUCGGAUUCCUUGGUUUUGGUAGAAUACCCCAAGCGGCCGUCGACAGGCUAUUGGCUUUUACCAACAAGACCGAACCGCCAACAAUCAUCUACACCUCCUCGAGAGAAAGAGAGAAUCAAGCUGCUAUCGACGCCGACUUCACAAAAAGGUGGGGCGUCGAUGUCAAGCGAGUGGAGAAGGACGUACUUGCGUCCCAGGCGGAUGUCCUCAUUGUCUUGUGCGACCUCAACCCGUCUACCAAAGACAUCGUAAAUAAAGAUUUCCUGGCCAAGAUGAAAGCCACCUCAAUCUUGGUCAACGUUGCGAGAGGUCCCGUGGUCAACUCUGAUGACCUCCAUGCAGCGCUUAAAUCCGGCCAAAUCUUUGGCGCAGGUUUAGAUGUGCUAACCGGCGAACCCAACAUCAAGCCGGAUCAUCCGCUGUUACACUUGGACAAUUGUGAGUACGACCCAGAGCAAACCUCGCUGACAGAUAGGUAUCGUGCUUCCUCACCUUGGCUCCGGAGAUUUUGA